AUGGACGAUCAACAUCACCAGCCGGUCUGGCCAAUGCUUCAAGGCGCGCUAGACAUGACAUGGAAUCUCAUUUGUGACGCAUGGGAUAUGGCGUGGAAGAUGGUUGAGAGGCCGGUGUUGCAGACAAGUGGAGGGGCACGCCCGCAUAUGACCACGAAUAACGCCAAUGGAGUGGGGCUGGAAGGGGAAAUUCUCGGUGACGAUGUGCAGAGCACAUGA